AUGUUUCUGUGGCCAGAAGGAUAUAAUCGUCAACCGUAGAAUCCACUUAAAGAAUUAAUUGAGAAGACUCAAGGUGAUAUUCUCCUGCUGCUUGAGGCAGAACUAUUUGUAAAACAAGCAAGAUUGGGCGAUGCAUUAGCAGUGGAAACUCUGGUGCAGGGCACUGUUGGUUUACUAGAAGUUAUGUUUAUGGACUAUGAACAUGUGUUAAGUGAACAUUUUGAACAAUUGACCAACCAGUAUGCCAUCAUGUGGGAAUUAAUCGACCUCAAACUUGAAAAAGUUAAUGCUCAAAUUCUGACUCAUUGGGAAUUAGUGUUUCAAUUGUUAAGUAAUCAGUUAACAGUAGAAAUAUAAUGGUAUUUUGCUUUACGCAUCAUCUCAUUUGUUAGUUAAGAGAAAUCUGCUCUCCUAGAUAAUCAUCAAGAUAAGUUGAUCAAAUUGUAUCAUCAUCUUGAAUACACGUAUGUAGCCUAACUCAUCAUCGAAAUGAUGGGUGCUCGUAUGAAUUAAUAUCAGCAAUCAUUCCUAAGUAAAGGCAUUUAAGAAUUUGAUUAAUUAACUGAAUUGCAAGCCAUUAACUUUACUUAAGUAAUUCAUGAACUCUUCACGAAAUCUAAGAAUAAGGACUUGAUUGAUUUCAUAACAACCAGUCAAGUUUUGGCCAAAAUGUUCGGAGUUAUUUAAUAAACGAAUAAAAUAGUGACCAAAAAUGCUGCUCACAUCAUUUCUAUCAUCUCAAAUCAUUAUUCUAUUGAAAUGCAGAAUUUAGAUCUGGAGGAGGAAGAGUCAGAACAAAUCACUUCUUAGUUUCAUUCCACUAAUUUUUACAAAGUCAUCACUGCCAAUCUACACAUAAUCAAUAAUAUCAUUAAAGACUAUUGUGAUAACAAGUAAAAAAUAAGUCAAUUGAUAAUCAAAUUAAUAGAAAUUGUUGACAAUUUAGUUAGAAUCACAGAUGUCUCACUUUGGGAAUGUAUGCAUUAAUCUGAAAUCAUGGUUUCAAUGAUUAGAUUAUGCAAUGUAUAUUCAAAAUCAGACAUCCUAUCCUCUUAAGUGGAAAGAAUAGUUUUUUAUAUAUUUGAAAGAGCCUUAAAUGAUAAUCAUCCCUUUUGGGCAUUUUAAUUUAUCAAGGUUUAUCAAAUAUAAAACAACGCAAAUUCUAUGUUUAAUAGAUAAGUUUUCUCUUUUGAGUAGGAGUUGAAUACAAAAAUAACCAAAGAAUUGGAUUACAUUACAUAUGAUGCCUAGAUCCUAGAAAUUAAUUCUGAAUUGCAACAAUCUAAAAAUUGGGAAAGAACCAAAUGGGAAUUGAAAUUAUAACAAUGCGAAAAUUAAAAAAAAUUAGGAUCUCAAAUGUAAAUAAAUGAUGAAGAAAUUAAAUUGGUUGAAAGGAAUGAAAUCAAAAAUGAAGUUAAGGACACUUCUGAGGAAAUGAAAGAAGGAUUAGAGAAUACUGUGGAAGUAAGUAAGGAAGAACAAAAGUAGAACAAUUAUGAGGCAAGUGAAGACUAGAAAGAAUAAGAAUUAGUUAAAGAUAGUGAAUCAGAUUCAUCAUCAUCAUCAUCUUCUUCAAAUGAAGAGACUCAAAAAUAGAGUGAUUCACAAGUUAAGAAAGACAAGUCAUAUAUGACUGUUUCAGCAAAUUUAGAAUAGAUGUCAUUCCAAAAUCGAAAAAAUAAGUUAAAUUUAGACCAAAUAGAGAAGAUUAGAAAGAAAUCAAUUCAAUUUGAGAAGAUUUCAUUGCAAAUGAGUCAAGCUGGGAGAAGACUGUCAUUGUAGGCUGGUCUAAGUAUUAAGGAGCUUAGUCCGACUUAUUCCGAGUUCAAACUUGAUUUAGACAAAAAGGUUCUUCGUAAUGUCAAUGACAAUUCAAUUUUGAAAGUAGAUGAACUAGAUUCAAUCAUCAAUCAAUGA